CCCGGAAGCUGACUUCACAAGGCGGAAGUGAGGGCCGGAGGAUGCGACGGGGAUUUGCUGAGAACUGUGGAAGUGGAACAGCGAUUAAACAUUAAAAUCACUUAAUAUCUCUGCCGAGUGUAUGAGGUGUCACGGAGUUAUACAUCCGUUUCCAGCUUAAGGUGACUCCUCGGAGAAGCUCGGCCCGGCCCCGGCUCCCCAGCUCAGCCCAGCUUGCCUGAGCGUGUGCCUGUUCCCCUCCCAUCCCCGGUCCCUCUCGCCCCGUCGCCACCCUGCGUUAGCCUCCUCGCCCGGCGUAGCACUCACCAGGCUCCAUGGCAGCUCGCGGCGGACCGGCGCGAUCCAACGGCCCGGCUCCAGGCAACAAGAUCUGCCAGUUCAAACUGGUGCUGCUCGGCGAGUCGGCGGUCGGCAAGUCCAGUCUGGUGCUCCGCUUUGUCAAGGGCCAGUUCCACGAGUACCAGGAGAGCACCAUUGGAGCUGCCUUCCUCACACAGACGGUGUGUCUGGAUGAUACAACAGUAAAGUUUGAGAUCUGGGACACAGCUGGCCAGGAGCGAUAUCACAGCCUGGCUCCUAUGUACUACAGAGGAGCGCAGGCAGCCAUCGUGGUCUACGACAUCACCAACACAGAUACAUUUGCACGUGCAAAGAACUGGGUGAAGGAGCUGCAGCGGCAAGCCAGCCCCAACAUCGUGAUCGCUCUGGCAGGGAACAAGGCUGACCUGGCCAAUAAGAGAGCCGUCGACUUCCAGGAAGCACAGGCAUAUGCUGAUGACAACAGCUUACUUUUCAUGGAGACCUCAGCCAAAACCGCUAUGAGCGUCAAUGAAAUCUUUCUGGCCAUAGCCAAGAAACUGCCGAAAAGUGAGCCACAGAGUGGGACUGGGCCGGGCGGCCGGACCAUAGGGGUGGAUCUUCGGGACCCGGCUCCACCGAGCCGGGACAGCAGCUGCUGCAAGUAGGGCACUGAGCAGGCGAGCAGCUGGCCGGCUGAGCAAUGACGACACCGCGGAGUCUAAAUCAUCCCUGAAGGAGGAGAAAAGAUCAGAUCACUUAACAGAAGCCUUAACAUGCUCACUGUUCUUUUUCCUGUUUUGAGCAUUUUUUCGUUUUUAUAAUAAGCUGAAGGAGAUCCCACGAGGUGUCCUCCCUUGCAUACACAAACACACUCUGUAUCUUUUGUUCUAUACAAAUACUAAUUGUUAUGUAAGUCACUUUUAAAAGGAAAAACUAAAUUGUACAACACAUGCUCUUUUUUUGGUGAGGUUGUGGGUGAAUAUUAAAAUUGCCAUUUUAUAUUCUGUUCUGAUCGUUUUGACCAACUGAUUCUCUGGAACAGUAGGAGAAGUUGCCGAUUUUCUUCCAGAUUUAACCGUCUCGUAGUUAAUUACUAGUAUUGUUGUUGUUACUACUGUUAUGGCACAAGAACCUUGAAGUACUUUGGCAGGUAAAUUGUCUCUGGUUUCCAGGUUUCUGUGUGCAAGGCUUCCAGCUAUAUGAAUAGAUCAUUAACAGUAGUUACUAUACCAUUCAUUUUUAGCGUCGUCUAUGAAUUGGUAAUAUACAAUGUCAAUAAAUGAAAUUUAAACAAACAGUAGAUGUUGAUCAAAAUCACCACUAAGUAUUGAUAAAUAAUUUUGCUGUAUAUGUAAUGUUUUUUUUUUUUCUUCAAACAUGUAACCAAUCAGUAAUUAUUGUCAAUACAGUUCCUUAUAUAAUGUAUAUUAUGUCUGAUAUUGAUUUUUAUUUUAUUUUUUAACCUUUGGUUUUGGCGAUCUGGUAUUGAAUAACGGCUCUUUCUUUCAUCUCUUGAGCCUUUAAGAACGUUUCCAUGUUUGUUUCCGUCUUCCUUUAAGGGAUCAUUAUGCGCUGUGGUCAUCACUGUUGAUAUGACUAGCACAACGAGAGGGUGUCUGAAAUGUUUUGGGGAACAGGUGGGGACAAUGCCUGCCUGGCCUAGAAGGCUAGUGUUCCGUACUGUGUACUGGGGCCGGGAUGAGAGAAAGGAAACAGGAAGUGGGAAAUGUCAAUGUACAUUUUACCAAUAAAUAUUGAGGUAUAAAUACAA